AUGCCAAAUAGAUCAGCUGCACCACAAGAACUUCAGAUUCAACAUACAUGCACCGACGAUGACACAGAUUCAAAGUCUCUGCUUUCAACCAUUGUUGUAUCUGAUGAUGAAACAAAAGAUGUUAAUAGUAAUGAUGUACAAGCGACGCUAUCAUCGACAAUCGAAGAUAAAUGUAAAGACGAUUUGAGUAUACAAGGAAAAGAUGAAAAUACAAUUCAAUCGGUUGAUGUAACAAAAGUCACUAAAUUAAAUGAUACUCAUUCAAGUAUCGAAGUGAAAACAACCUGUCAAUCGGAAACAGACAAAGAAACAGUAAAAGACUCGUUGGAAACCGUUGUUCAGAACGAUGAUGUGAAAGAAGUACUUGCUAAAACUACCGAAGAACCGGACAUUGUUGCAACAGUAACUGUACCACAAGAACCUCAGAUUCAACACACAUGCACAGAUGAUGACACAGAUUCAAAGUCUCUCCUUUCAACCAUUGUUGUAUGUGAUGAUGAAACAAAAGAUGUUAAUAGUAAUGAUGUACAAGCGACGCUAUCAUCGACAAUCGAAGAUAAAUGUAAAGACGAUUUGAGUAUACAAGGAAAAGAUGAAAAUACAAUUCAAUCGGUUGAUGUAACAAAAGUCACUAAAUUAAAUGAUACUCAUUCAAGUAUCGAAGUGAAAACAACCUGUCAAUCGGAAACAGACAAAGAAACAGUAAAAGACUCGUUGGAAACCGCUGUUCAGAACGAUGAUGUAAAAGAAGUGCUUGCUAAAACCACCGAAGAACCGGAGAUUGCUGCAACAGUACCUGCGUCAGAAGAACCUCAGAUUCAACAUACAUGCACAGAUGAUGACACAGAUUCAAAGUCUCUCCUUUCAACCAUCAUUGUACCUCAUGAUGAAACAAAAGAUGUUAAUAGUAAUGAUGUACAAGCGACGCUAACAUCGACAAUCGAAGAUAAAUGUAAAGACGAUUUGAGUAUACAAGGAAAAGAUGAAAAUACAAUUCAAUCGGUUGAUGUAACAAAGGUCACUAAAUUAAAUGAUACUCAUUCAAGUAUCGAAGUGAAAACAACCUGUCAAUCGGAAACAGACAAAGAAACAGUAAAAGACUCGUUGGAAACCGUUGUUCAGAACGAUGAUGUGAAAGAAGUGCUUGCUAAAACUACCGAAGAACCGGACAUUGUUGCAACAGUGCCUGCGUCACAAGAACCUCAGAUUCAACAUACAUGCACAGAUGAUGCAACAGAUUCAAAGUCUGUGAUUUCAACCAUCAUUGUGCCUCAUGAUGAAACAAAAGAUGUUAAUAGUAAUGAUGUACAAGCGACGCUAUCAUCGACAAUCGAAGAUAAAUGUAAAGACGAUUUGAGUAUACAAGGAAAAGAUGAAAAUACAAUUCAAUCGGUUGAUGUAACAAAGGUCACUAAAUUAAAUGAUACUCAUUCAAGUAUCGAAGUGAAAACAACCUGUCAAUCGGAAACAGACAAAGAAACAGUAAAAGACUCGUUGGAAACCGUUGUUCAAAACGAUGAUGUAAAAGAAGUGCUUGCUAAAACCACCGAAGAACCGGACAUUGCUGCAACAGUACCUGCGUCAGAAGAACCUCAGAUUCAACACACAUGCACAGAUGAUGACACAGAUUCAAAGUCUCUGCUUUCAACCAUCAUUGUGCCUCAUGAUGAAACAAAAGAUGUUAAUAGUAAUGAUGUACAAGCGACGCUAACAUCGACAAUCGAAGAUAAAUGUAAAGACGAUUUGAGUAUACAAGGAAAAGAUGAAAAUACAAUUCAAUCGGUUGAUGUAACAAAGGUCACUAAAUUAAAUGAUACUCAUUCAAGUAUCGAAGUGAAAACAACCUGUCAAUCGGAGGCAGAUAAAGAAACAGUAAAAGACUCGUUGGAAACCGUUGUUCAGAACGAUGAUGUAAAAGAAGUGCUUGCUAAAACUACCGAAGAACCGGACAUUGUUGCAACAGUAACUGCAUCACAAGAACCUCAGAUUCAACAUACAUGCACAGAUGAUGCAACAGAUUCAAAGUCUGUGAUUUCAACCAUCAUUGUACCUCAUGAUGAAACAAAAGAUGUUAAUAGUAAUGAUGUGCAAGCGACGCUAUCAUCGACAAUCGAAGAUAAAUGUAAAAAACAAUUGAGUACACGAGGAAAAGAUGAAAAUACAAUUCAAUCGAUUGAUGUAACAAAGGUCACUAAAUUAAAUGAUACUCAUUCAAGUAUCAAAGUAAAAACAACCUGUCAAUCGCAGAAAGAUAAAGAAACAGUAAAAGACUCAUUGAAAACCGUUAUUCAACACGAUGAUGUAAAACGCGUGCUUGGUAAGCCUACCAAAGCACCCAAAAAUGUUCCAAGAACAGCUGUAGCAAAAGAAGUUCGAAUUCGUCAUACAUGCAGAGAUGAUAAGACAGAUUCAAAGUCUGUCCUGUCAACCAUUGUUGUAUCUGCUGAUCAAACGAAAGCUGUGACUAGUAGUGCUAUAAAAGCGACGCUGUCAUCGACAAUCAAAGCUAAAUGUAAAAGCCAACUGAGUGCACGAGCCAAAGACCAAAAUACAAUUAAGUCGGUUGCUGUAACAAAAGUCACUAAAUUAAAUGGUACUCAUUCAAGUAUCGAAGUGAAAACAACCUGUCAAUCGGAGAAAGAUAAAGACACAGUAAAAGACGCGUUGCAAACCGCUGUUCAACAUGCUGAUAUAAAACGCGUGCUUGCUAAGCCUACCAAAGCACCCAAAAGUGUUCCAAGGGCAGCUGCACCAAAAGAAGUUCGAAUUCGUCAUACAUGCAGAGAUGAUAAGACAGAUUCAAAGUCUGUCCUGUCAACCAUUGUUGUAUCUGCUGAUCAAACGAAAGCUGUGACUAGUAGUGCUAUAAAAGCGACGCUGUCAUCGACAAUCAAAGCUAAAUGUAAAAACCAACUGAGUGCACGAGCAAAAGACCAAAAUACAAUUAAGUCGGUUGAUGUAACAAAAGUCACUAAAUUAAAUCGCACUCAUUCAAGUAUCGAAGUGAAAACAACCUGUCAAUCGGAGAAAGAUAAAGACACAGUAAAAGACGCGUUGCAAACCGCUGUUCAACAUGCUGAUAUAAAACGCGUGCUUGCUAAGCCCACCAAAGCACCCAAAAGUGUUCCAAGAGCAGCUGCACCAAAAGAAGUUCGAAUUCGUCAUACAUGCUCAGAUGAUAAGACAGAUUCAAAGUCUGUCCUGUCAACCAUUGUUGUAUCUGAUGAUCAAACAAAAGAUGUGACUAGUAGUGCUGUAAAAGCGACGCUGUCAUCGACAAUCAAAGCUAAAUGUAAAAGCCAACUGAGUGCACGAGCAAAAGACCAAAAUACAAUUAAGUCGGUUGAUGUAACAAAAGUCACUAAAUUAAAUCGCACUCAUUCAAGUAUCGAAGUGAAAACAACCUGUCAAUCGGAGAAAGAUAAAGACACAGUAAAAGACGCGUUGCAAACCGCUGUUCAACAUGCUGAUAUAAAACGCGUGCUUGCUAAGCCUACCAAAGCACCCAAAAAUGUUCCAAGAACAGCUGCACCAGGAGAAGUACAAAUUCGUCAUACAUGCAGAGAUGAUAAGACAGAUUCAAAGUCUGUCCUGUCAACCAUUGUUGUAUCUGAUGAUCAAACAAAAGAUGUGACUAGUAGUGCUAUAAAAGCGACGCUGUCAUCGACAAUCAAAGAUAAAUGUAAAAGCCAACUGAGUGCACGAGCCAAAGACCAAAAUACAAUUAAGUCGGUUGAUGUAACAAAAGUCACUAAAUUAAAUGGUACUCAUUCAAGUAUCGAAGUGAAAACAACCUGUCAAUCGGAGAAAGAUAAAGACACAGUAAAAGACGCGUUGCAAACCGCUGUUCAACAUGCUGAUGUAAGUAGCAGAUUUCAUAUCGGUUGA